ACCAGUGAUGCCCCACCAAAGCUACCGAACUGUUGACUGAAGCUAUUCAUAGCUUAGAAAAGACAACAAAAUGGUUUGAACCUAUAGUGCGACCUCGAUCAAGCACAAUUUAACCUUGUGAACAACCGAAUCUGCAAAAGUAUCUCCCACGAUGGAUGUGGAAGGUCCUAUUGAGGUUCCUGGAGAGGCAAACCCUCUUACGGAGGGGAUCCUCUUCAACGUGCUUCGCUCAGCAUCCUCGAGUGAUCCACAACAGAUUCAAAGCGGCACUAAACAACUACAGAAAUGGGAAACAUCAGAGGGCUUUUAUCCUCUACUACAAACCGUGUUCAUUGACCAGCGAGUCCCUCGAGAUGUCCGAUACCUAGCCAUAAUAAAGCUCAAGAAUGGCAUCGACAAAUAUUGGAGGAAAACUGCCACUAAUGCGGUUAGCAAGGAGGACAAAGCAAAGAUACGCGCGAGACUGCUCGAGAGUGGCAUAAAUGAAGCCGACGCACCGCUUGCUCUUCAGAAUGCUAUUGCGGUGGCAAAGAUUGCAAGAUUUGAAUAUCCGAAUGAUUGGCCGGAUGCGAUACAACAGCUUCUAAACAUCCUGCGUCAAUCCAUACUGCCAGGAGCUUAUCGUCUACACCUUCCACGCGCACUGCUCAUACUUCUGCACCUCAUAAAAGACCUAUCUGCAGGCCGUCUGUUACGGACAAAACAGAAUCUUCAGGCCAUCGCCCCUGAAAUACUGCAUGUGCUGGGAAAAAUAUAUUUAGAGAAGGUCCAGAUUUGGGAAACCUUUCUUCGUCAAGGUGGAGAUGACGAAGGAGGAGCACUCGAUGACAUUGAGACUAGCUUAAUGGCCAUCAAGGCCUUACGUCGUCUUUUGAUUACGGGUUAUGAAUUUCCGCACAGAGAUGCCGACGUUCAGCAAUUCUGGGCCAUUACCCUGCAAAAGCUUACUGAAUUCAAAGAAUUUCUUCCCAAAGACAGUCCUCUGUCUAUAGAAGUGCAAAGACGGAUCGCCAGGCAUCUCACGCAAUUGAACAAAUUGCAUGUGGAUAUGGCGAGGACACAUCCCUCCGCUUUCGUUCUGCUACCUCAAUUCUCCAACAUCAUACAAAGCUAUUGGGACACUAUCAUGCAAGUGGGAGAGACCUUUGGAAUACGGUCAGUCGAUGACAUUGGGGGUUAUGUUGGCAGUGAUGGUGAUGCCGGCGAUGAAUACGAAGACGUCACCUCGAUUCUCGAAAGAUCUUGCCAACGUGGCCUUCUCAUUUUCCGAGCUUGUAUCAAAAUGGUAUUCAAUCCAGCACAAACCUUCAAGUAUCGCCAGGAGAAGGAAAAGGAAGAAAGGACUCAAGCGCAGCAAAUUGUCAAGGAGCAGAUUCUCACCGAAGGCUUUGUCAGAACCAUUCUCGAGUUGGUCAUCACCAAAUUCUUUGUGUAUCGUCAGAGUGACCUCCGGCAAUGGGAGGAAGAACCGGAAGAAUGGGAGAAACGUGAAGAUGCGGAGGGCGAGGACUUUGAGUUCUCUAUUCGUUCGGCUUCUGAAAAGUUGUUUCUCGAUUUGGCAAUCAAUUUCAAGAAUAUUGUGAUAGAGCCUUUAAUCAAUGUCUUCUGCUCAGUCUCCACUCCAAAUGAAACUGCCAUAUUAUCCAAAGACUCGAUAUAUACAGCCAUUGGUCUGGCAGCACCAGUCCUAUCUCAGCACCUCGACUUCGAUGCUUUCAUAAAUAACACGCUUUUGCAGGAGGUGCGCCAGACAUUCCCAGGUUGCAGUCUUCUACGUCGACGGAUUGCCAUCCUGCUCGGCCAAUGGAUAACAGUCAAGGUCUCCAAUGACUCAAAACGCCCGGUAUACCAUAUAUUUGAACAGCUCCUUGAUAGGAAUGACAUCUCGAAUGAUCAAGUCGUACGUAUCACAGCAGCCAGACAUUUCAAGCAUGCAGCAGACGAAUGGGAAUUCAAGCCGGAGAACUUUCUGCCUUAUGCACCUACUGUUCUCACCCGCAUAAUGGAGUUAAUAGAAGAAGUGGAAUUGUCGGAGACGAAAAUGGCUUUACUCAACACCGUUAGUGUCAUUGUCGAGGGACUGGAGCAGCAUAUAAGUCCCUACGCAGAUCGAAUUGUCAAACUCCUGUCACCUCUGUGGGACCAGUCCGGACAGGAACAUCUCAUGAAGCAAGCAAUACUUGUGAUCUUGGCUCGUCUCAUCAACGCCAUGCGAGCUGAGUCUCAAGUAUAUCACAGUCUUGUUUUGCCAAUCAUUAAAGGCGCUGUUGAGCCCGAAUCAGAAACUCGGCUAUAUUUACUGGAAGAUGCCCUAGACCUGUGGGGUGCCAUUCUUGCGCAGUCGCCUGCACCAGCCUCUGCAGACCUGAUCGCACUAGCACCAUACCUGCUCGAUGUCUUGGAGACUGGAUCAGACGCAUUACGAAUAUCGUUGGAUUUGACACAGUUAUACGUGCUACUUGCACCAUCAGACAUUCUCUCGGACCAAUUUCGUGGUCCUCUGAUUCAGCGAUUAGCCAGUCUCAUGGGCACGCUGACGCCAGACGCAAACGGCACUGUGACUAGUCUUACUGAGAUCAUUAUCCGAGCAGCUCAUCAGUUUGGCGGGGAGCAAGCUAUACAGGUCCUUGUAGGAGACAUGGUCAGCACAGGCUUCCUUCCCAGGCUAAUCAAGGGCCUGAAGGGCGCAUGGGCAGCACAUCAACGCACUGGUCCUAAGGCUCCUGCUUCCUCGGUAGAUGGUAUCGUUGAAACCGACUAUUUCGCCGUUCUAGCGCGCAUCGGCACCGCGAGUCCACAAGUCUUGCUUGAGGCCAUCAAUAUGUCUCUACCAGAUGAGAAUCCAGAAGAAACCAUGAAGUGGCUUCUGGAAGAAUGGUUCAGCCACUUUGAGAAUAUCGCAGACCCGCCCCGCAGGAAGCUGAUGGCGUUGCUGUUCGCACGGCUUAUGGAAACCAAUGCAGAUUGGAUCCUGGCCAAGCUUCAGGAUCUCAUGACGGUAUGGACAGAUGUCAUCAUUGAAUUGACCGAUGGCACAAAUGAUCAAUCGACCGACUGCCUUGUAUGGGCCCCACCUGAUCCCAACACUGUCGACCUAAGCGCUCAGACCCCCGAGGAUGCUCGCAUGUCCGUACUCGUAUAUGCCGAUGUGGUACAUACUGUAAACAUAGUCGCGCUUGUCCGUGAGCGCAUCCAAGCAAGCAUCACCCUCUGCGGAGGCCAAGAGAGGUUCCACGAACUUUGGCUCGUCAACGUGGACAAGGAGGUCAUCGCUGCAUUCAGCAAACUGGAGGGUGUCAUGUGAGCGUUUUAUGGGACAUGGGAAACACUACGAUGCGCACGUAGAUUUGCCCGCAAUGGUUUGUUUCUUGUGGUUAUGGUGCAUAGCGAUAUAUACCCUCCCUGAUGCAUUCGUUCCUGAUAGAUAUGAGUUGAUGUGGUACCUGGCACAGGCUCGUGUUGACAUAGCAGGUAAUUCGGC